GUUGGUCAUACUUUAAAUUUCCAAUUGACAUGUUGACAAGACCAAUGAUUAUCACAUGUCAGUGAGUUAGAACUGAUCAACAAUAAAGUUGAAAAUGUUUCAUGAUUGAAUUAUUCGGUAGAUCCUAAAAAGAUAUCUAAAAUUCAAUAUUUUUACAACAAUGCAACAUCAAUAUUGGGUAACUAAGAAGAGUGUUCUAAGAAAAUUAGGUGGAAAGGAAGAUGAAUGCAUCGUAUCGUCUGAUGCCGAACUGGACGCUAAAUUGGAAUUAUUCAAAUCAAUUAAUGAAAGUUGUGCACAGUUACAACGUGUUAUCGACCUAUAUCAAGAAAGAUUAUGUUAUUUAGCACAAGAGGAAAAUAUUCUUGGAAGAUACUUACGAGACUGUGGAAAAAAUGAAAAAAAUGCAUCAGCAGGACAGAUCAUGUCUACUUCAGGGAAAGCCCUGGCAUAUACUGGACAUCAAAGACUCACCAUUAGACCCUCCUUAGUGAGAUUACAUCAUGAACUUGAAACAUUUCGAAAUAGAGCCAUUACAGAUACAAGGGCUACAAUAGCAGAAAUGGAGAAAGCUAGGACCGAAUAUAGAGCAGCACUAAGUUGGAUGAAAUCUGUAUCAUCAGAAUUAGAUCCUGACACAGGACAUGGCUUAGAAAAAUUCAGAAAAGCUCAGUCUUAUGUUAAAAAAUCAAAAACAAAAUUUGAUAGGUUAACCCUUGCUUGUUUGCAAAAAGUAGAUCUACUUGCAGCUGCAAGAUGCAAUAUGUUUUCACAUAGCUUAGUUCCAUACCAAAGUGCAAUUGUAAAUUUUUCUACAAAGUCAUCAGAAACUUUAAGUACAGCUGCAACUAAAUUGGACACAGUGCAACCUUCGGAUACUUCAACCAUUAUGGAGUUAUUUAAUCCUUCUGAGGUAGAUAAAUCCAAAAAGACAUUCUUCAACUCGGAUUAUACUGAUGAACCACCAUUAAAUCAAACGACGAAAGAUGAAGGAUCUGAUUCAAACGUGAAAAAUGAAGAAUCUCGAGUUGGUGAUACAGCAGAUCUGCUUAAUGCUGCCUUUUUGAUUGAUUCCCCAACAGAACAAGCGCCAACUGCUGAUAAUGCUGAUAAAAAACCAAGUUCUGACUUAUUGGAUCUGAAUUGGUCAUCAAAUACGGAUUUUAUGGCUGGAGAUUUUAUGCCAUCAAAACUGAUGCAGGAAGAUUUCUUUAACAUUCCAAUGGCUACAUCCAAAAAAGAAGAAAAUGUUCAGGAUUUAAAUAAUAUUUCUAACAAAACAUUGCAAAACAACAUGACUAGCGAAAACAAGGUUUCUUGGUUAAGUCUUUUUGCCGAGUUAGAUCCUCUUGCAAAUCCAGCUCUAGAAAAUAACUCUGCUACUUCCGACAAAGUGUAAAGCAUGAUCUUUAAUUUAUAUUUAGAUAUUUAUGAAGAUGUGGAAAUUGUGGAAGAUUGUAACAGUUUUGCUUAUAUCUCACAUAUAUUGUUUCAAAAAUGUCAUAAAAUUAGUUUCAAACUACAAUCAAAACAGAAGAUUUUGUAUACCCAAAAUUCAAAACGACUGAACUAUGAAAUUUUCCAAAUCAAAAUAAAUUCCUGGUUGCUAUACACUAAUAUACCAACCAACUUUUUGUGCCAAAGUUAUACGUAGAUUUUUGAGUUUGUAUGGUCGCAAUAUUGUCUCCUAUAUAGUUUUGAAUUAUACAUCAUUUUGAUAAUUUAAUAACUGAUUUAAUUAUAUAGAUAAAUUAUCAAUAGAAUAUAAAUAGCAACAACUGCACUCUCGACAUCAUAUAGUAGAAUAAAAACCAAAUAUAUAUACUAAGUUUUUUUUCUGACACAAAGAUCACGAAAUUCCUUGGUUCUGAUUAUUAAUGUUAACCUUGAGGUUAUUAAUUGAUUAUUUGUUAAAAGUACUUCCUAUUCCAGAAACUCCAAUUUUCUUCAUCUAAUUUUAUUAAAACUUGGAAAAUUAACAAUAUAGAUUAUAUUUGAAAAUUAUUCUAAGUUUUUUUUAUUUUUUCGAAAAAAAAUUGCUUUUUUCUGUUUCAAAUAUUACAGGAAAAUUGAAUGUAAAUAACUUGGAAACAAGAUCUGACCAAAAACUACUUUUCUGCCUAUAUGCUGUGAUGUCUACUGAAACUUUUGUUCGGAAGCUCUAAUUCGAACACUGUCUAUCUCUACUAUUUGGUUCAUAUUAUACACUCACAGACUCCUAACACUAAUUCCAAAUAAAUUUCACGGAUAUACGAGGUGCGUCCAUUGUAUUUUUAUUAUAUUGAAUGUAUGUUGUAUAACAGGAAAUUUUAUUUCAUAUUAUAAGAGAAAAUGGUUUGAUAUAUGGCACACAAACAAAAUAGAGCCAUUAAUUGGUGGUUGGAUUAGAGCUUUUAAACGAUAUGAUACCAUCCUGAAGUGAUCAUAUAAGAUAAUACCUCUAAAUAAAGCUGGGGUUAAGCUUCGUCCUUUUAGUACACUUUCUAUUAUUCCAAAUGACAUCCAAAUUUCUUCUUAUUUAGAAAUUAAGUUGAAGAAUAUUUCAUUUAUCACUUAUUACUUUUAUUUUUGCAUUUUUUCAAAUAUUUCUGGUAUUGACAAAUGGUUUAGUAUUUCAUAAAUAUCUCCCUCGAAUAAUGCAUGGAAAAGUGUAUGAGUUUUCCAUAUUUAACCUACUAUGGAUUUCUUAAAAACAGUCGUUAUUUUUAAUACAGUAUUUCAUUAAAUAUUUCAUCCAGGUUUAACAAGAAACUUAAUCUUAUUAAAUUUAGUAAUUAUUAAUUAGAAGCAAGUAAGUUAUAACAUUCCAGUAAUUUCAAUUCCUGUUUUAUAAUCGUUUUUUGAGUAAUAUGUCGUUGCAUCAUUUUUAUAUAGUUUAUAUUAAAUUUUGUAUAUUUUAUGUUUAUAAAUUGAAGACACCAUUUUAAGGGCCAAUAAAUAUCUAAAUAAAUGAAACUGGUUUAGCAUCAUACCAAAGAUAAUUUUUUAUGAUUAUAGAUUGAUUGUACUUCUAUUUAAUUUGUUUCUUUCUUAUAUUAGUCAUUUAUCCUUAUAUUAAAUAUAUACCUACACAA